AUGUUUAAUCGCUGAAGAAAUUGCGAACUCGGAUGCGCAAUUUUUGCAAAUAUCGGGACGAUCACUGCCAUUGUUGACUAUGAACAAAAUUAUUCUCCUUACCGAACAUAACGAUGACCCCCCCCUCAAUCUUCAUGUCUAUUGCAACAAAAAUUUUUCGGAAAAAUCUUCAUGCCUACUACAACACAACACAACAUUUUUAUAAAAAAAAAUUAAUGCAUUUUUCUCUAGGUGAGUUUCUCAAAAAAACCAUAAAACAGCGCUUCUGUAGGCGUUUCAAUGACCUUCUCAUCGAGAUUUGGACGGCUAUUGCCAUCGCUCGCCAUUUUUUUUUUAAACUUAUCUAACUAAAAAGUACGGAAAAUUUAAGAUGCGCAUCGAAAAUUUGUUGCAAGAGGAUUAGGAUUAAGAUUAUUACAGGCAGGCGCUAGCCAUAUUGGUGACACAGUCACCAAAGACCUCGCGUACGGAAGGUUCUACCGCUUUUCGACUCCAGCUCAGAGAGUUUAUACAUCCUACAAGUGCCCUUCUGGUACCUUCUGUCUCCUCCUUGCCAUGCGGUUUCAGUAUAGUGGGCGGCUUAUGGAUUUCUGAGCCCUGCUACGGGCGAUUGGAGUAGCUUGAUUCCAUGGAUUCUUGGAGUCUAUCGGGUGUCAAAGUGCCUUCCUCCGACAGCUACAGGAAAAAGACUGUUACCCUAUGGCCUGGGCCGAAACCCCCAGUUUCUCGGUAGAGGAAUGCCCAUGGGUCCUCGGAUCCAAAGGACGUUGCUGAUUACCUCCAUUUCCAACCACAGGAAAGCAGCCAAAACCUACCCGGAUACACACUUCUUGAGCCUGCAUCUGAUACUCGGCUCGGAGUCCGUCCCAGUUCACCGUAGCCAUAAGGUCUGGACUGCUGCGUCAAGAGGGCAGGUUGUCGCCAUUUUAAUGUAUAUAAUUUGUUGCAAGAGACAUGAAAAUUAUUAUUUUUUUUAUAUAAAAUUUUAUAUUAAAAAAUUGCAUUUUUGUUGCAAUAGACAUGAAGAUUGAGGGGGGGUCAUCUUUACAACAAUUGUCAUGAAAAUAGCCAAAUUAUGGCCUAUAAAGCGAUUACUUUAAUUGUAACGUUUAUGGCAAUAUUAUUUUUGGUUAUGAAGCAUCAUCACAAAGGCAUUUGGAUCAUUUAUUUGUACGAAACUGAAAAAAAAUUAAAUAAAAUUUCCGGAAUGUAUUACAUGUCGAAAUAUGCGGUUUUUCUGUGUAUAGCCAGAAAAUUAAGGCAAAUUUUAAAUUUUUUUUAUUUAUGGGAAAUCCUAUAUAUAAAAAAGCAACCUAAAAAGUACAUAAAUUGAAUGAGAGUGCUGGAGGUUAUCCUUCUUCUUAUUUUCCCGUACCCUUAUAUAGACCUUUACGUUUAUGUCCCGUUUAGAUGAGAUUAUCAAAUUCUUUAUAUCUGCUACACGGUUAAUGAGCUCCUUUUUGUAUUCAUCUUUAUAAGACUUUUAUUUCUCUUUAAAGCACUUGCAAAUUAUACAAUAUAUGAAAAUCAUAUAGCUAGAAGAUUCUGUGCGUUUUAUGGAACACGGUCAAAUGUUUUAUUCUCGUUCAGAUGCAUUCUUGCUCAAUAUUCUUUGCCGAUUAUUGUAACUUUUUUAGCAAUUCCAUCUAUCCUUAUACUUGGUCUAAUGCUUACCUCAAUAAUCAAUAAUAACUAUUAUUAAAAAACUUUUAAAUAAUUUUGAGUUUUAGCUUCCUCAUUUCAUUUUAAGCUUAAUAAUGCAUUUUUUCGUAUUAAUAGUUAUGGAUCUUAUUUUCUGAAAAGAGUUAGAGUUUUUGAAAGGCCCUUGGAAAGUUUAUCAGGCCAAGACUAUCAGGAUCCCUUAAAUCCAAUUUGGCUUGUUUUUAUUACCAUGUCAACAAUAGGAUUUGGCGACUACUACCCGAUCAGCUACCAUGGCAGAGCAAUUGCUGUGAUAUCCUACAUAAUUGGUGCAUUUAUUCUUACAAUGAUUAUUGUAAGCCUUGAGCGUCAGACUGAUCUUAGUCCUAAUCAAUUCAAAGUUUUUACAAACAUCCACAAAACAAAAGCAGCAGCUACCUCAGUCUGCUCGGCAUUUGAAUAUUUUUAUUUCAGAAAAAUGAGGGGAAAAAGCGAUUUUUUAACGUUAAAGAAAAAGCAAGAACUCUACCGGAACGUUCAAUGGUUUAAAAAGACAAAAGAAGAGCUAAUCGAGCUAAACACACAAAAAGAAAAUGAAGUGAUCGAGCUGAAUCAAACAAUGCAAAAGAUAGACUCAAAGAUUAAAAGAUUAUCUUGGAUCUUAGAGUCUAUGACUGAAAACAUUUAUAGCCAAAGUCUUAUAAUAAACAGUGAUGCAAGUAUGUCGAUAAAUUUUUAA